CCCAAGUCGGUUCAUAGAGUGGCACUGACACUGACGGGAAAAGCCUCCUAACACUCCAAAACAUAUCUUGCGUGUCUUUUGCUAUUUGCUUCUUUUAUACUUACAUGUUAUCCUUUGGAGCGUAUGCCUGCCAUACCACCGUUGUGGAUGGACUCAUCUAGAUGGCGCUCCGAGCCGGUCGACUGGGCUACUUAUGCCUAUCAAUUGCUGGCCCCGAGAGUUAACGUCAAGGGUCGCAUGGCUCUGGUUAUGCUGUUGGCCGUCAUAUGGGCUUUCUCAUGGCUCCUAUGGCGUGCCUACUCCGUCCUGACCACUCCGAACGAUGUCCUAGUAGAGAAACUCGGUCUCGAUAUCCCUCCAACUCCGCUCAUUACCCUCGAAGACAUCUCCGACCGCGAGCUUCACAUCACCUGGAAGUAUUCGGAGCCCUCGACUUCUGUACAAGAGCACCAUGUCGAGGUCAAUGGCAGGAUUGUUGGGACAACAAGAAAACACGACAUGGGCGCGGCUAUCUACGACCUUACUCCAGGCAGCAUCUAUGAUAUCCGUGUCUUUUGUGUCAGUUCCACGAGCUUCCAGACACCUAGCAGUCCCCUGCAUGUUCGCAUGCCCGGGUCUCACUCGAAUGCCCCCCCAGAUGAAUCGGACUCUGUCCCCAAGGUCAGAGCCAUUCUAGUACGAAAUACCACGACGCUUGCACCAGUCUCUGCACCUACUAUGAUCCGAGAGUUCAGUGGCGGGCAACCGACGGCGCGGAGAGGAACAACUGGACGGAGACCUUCGCCCGCGAAUCACGCCGUUGAUUCUCAGCAGGCUCAAGAUCCCGCGUCGAGAGGCGCGGAUGAAGAGGCGGACGGCAAUCUUGCAGAACUGUCACAACGGUUUCAAAAGGUCCAGCAAGACAUUGAAGCGAUGGAAUUACAGAUUCAAGAGGAGGAUAGAGAAUUUGACAACGCACUAAAAGAACUCGAGGCCAGACGGGACGAGUUGAGGCAAAGCCUGAAGGAACGGGACGAAGCAAGCAAUGAUCUGCGCAAGCAGGUUCACAAAGCCGAAACUGCUAGCAGAACUGCUCAGAGCGAGAAGACGAAGAAAGAGCGGCUAUUGCAGCAAAAAGAAAAUCAAAGAAGGAAACGCCGAGAUGAAAUUGCCAAAUGGGAGGAUCAGACUGCCUGGAUGAUGAAGGAGAUUGCUGGUAUUGAGACCCAGAAAGCUGCUAUUGAGCAUAGGGCGCAAUCCGACCUUAGAGAGAUUCGUAAGAAGGUCGAGGAGGAGCAGAAAGAGGUUGCAAUGCUGGAGGAAGACAACAAGGAGAAGGCUUUGCAAAUCAAGUCCAUGGAAGAAGAGCGCCAGCAGGUGAAUGUCGAGGAUGAAACAGACGAAACUCGAGAGGCCGAUCGACUGGAGCGUGAGCGCGACUUGAGAUGGAGAGCGAGGUACGACAGCCUACAGCAAACUUAUGCGCGGCUGUGGCACGAUUUGCACAACAUCAAUCAGCAGGUUAAGUUCACGCAGGAGCAAAUCAAGACAAAUGAAGCGAACAGAGCCAACACGGUGUCAUUUGCGCCAGUAGCUCCUUUCGAUCCUGAAGCUUUUCGACGAAGCAUGCGUCCUAUACGGCGACCACGGCAUACCAGUUCUCACGGGAGUAGCAUUUCCUCGCCUCGGGGCCUGUUCGCUGGUCCGGAGCCUUUUCCAGCUGCGUUGCAUUAUACAGCAGUCACUAAUGCAUCACCUACGACUAUUGUGCCAAAUUAUUUCAAUCCGCAGAACGGAAUGACCCUGAGCAUGCCAUCGGACAUCACGGCGUCUACUGCUGACGACAUCGAGCCCGUCACGAGCGUUCCAAUGAGUCCUAGAGCGGACUUGCUGUUACCUGCUGAUCUACUUGGAGACGAAUCUGCAGAUGAGCUACUGGACACUGAUCUUGAAACCGGCCCAACAGCAGGAUCCGAUUCAGGAACGGCACCUUUCCCCAAGAUAGGUCCUCCAGCGUUGCAGGAAGAUAUUCGCCGUACAGAAACGCCGUCUGCCGGGUCAUCGUCAGGCCGAUCGUUCUCCAGUCCCAUGCAAACCUCUGCGCCGGUCCUCGAUACUGAGAAGUCAUCAGACUCGGGCAAGAAAUAUGACGAGAAGGCUGAUGAGACCGAGGAAGAAGCCCCUCAGCAAACGACAAAGCCAAAAUAUAUGUCAAUGUCUUCCAUGUUUGGGCUCAACAGGCAGCGUGGGAAGACUUUCGCCGAUCAGCCACCACUGCUCGGGUCUCUGAAGUCAGGCCAAAGUCAGUCAUAUCCUCGAGAAAUGGACGAGUUCGAUGCCACAGCACAGCCGAGGAGACGUCUGAGCUACGGUGGAAAUUGGGCCCUUCCUGGGACACUUCUGCGAGGAAAUGGUUCAGAAGAAAAGGUGUCCGAGCCUUCACGCUUCGCAUCAGCGCGUCGUGCUUUUGGAUUCCCUGGAUUCGGCAAAUCGGCAGCUGCAUCUGGAGCGUAUGACCCCUUCGCACCAAGGACGGGCUCAUUCGAUCCUGGGCUUCGUGGAGACACAUCCUCUCCUCGACCAUCAUCUACUUACUCGUUCGACAAGUUGCCUCGUCCUUCCUUGGAAGCUCAGUUCAACGCGUGGAAUCCGGAGAAGUCAGCGAUGCGAAACAGUCCGCUUGCUCCGGACUGGGGUUCGUUCCAGUCCUUUUCACGAAACCACUCGCGUCGCCCGUCCGUGGUGCAUGCUUCUACCAGUAAUCUCUCGCUGCCAAAGAAUGAAUCCAUAAUCAUCGAGCCAGAAAGGAAACCCAUACGUCCUAUGCAGGCGCCCAUCGGUACACGGCCAGCAUCAUCACAACAAGCCUCGACACCGAAACUCAACCCUGCUGCGCCAUCAUUUACCACGUUGUUUAGCAGGAGAAGUGAGAAGAUUAAAGAGAAGUCCAAGUCCAAAGAGUCCAAGGAGAGAUUGACAGAUCCUGAGGCAACUUCGCCGGCCGAGUCACGGAAGUCCAAGGAUACUAGUUCUCUGGCCGCGACAAUCUCGACUGUGGACUCUGAUACUCUUGACCGCACUGUGUCUGGGACCAGCGCCAACUUGUCAAUGGAGAGCACGCCUGUCAAACCAACAUUCAUCUCCAAGAUCACCAGAAAAGCCAGCAGCAAUAAGUUUGGAAGUUGGAAGGAGAAAGGCGGAGGUCUCUUCUCAAGAAAAGAAGCAUCUGCACCAAAUGGUGAGAAUGAGGAGGAGCAAGGAUCAAGCGAGCAACUUCAUCUUGGGAGGAGCUUGGAGAGUACCUCGACUACUCCCAGCGCGGAGGAGAAGAAGACCAGCAGGACCAGCCUGAGCAACUGGAACUUUAUGCGUAAGAGCAAAAAGGGGACAAGAGAGGAUCUGACUGCGAGUGAGAUUAGUGAGAGUAGUGAGCGAGCCAGCGAGACUGGAGAGGAAAGGGAAGAUGAUGAUGCAUGAACAGAAUGAGUUAUAAGGAUAUAUUCGUCACUUGCCCGUACAGUCUGAUAUUAAAACGUCGUUGGCGGCGUGGUUGCGUUUUGUACCUGAUGGUUCAAUAGUGAAACCGCUCUACGCAUGUGUAGUGUGUGGUGGCCGUGC